AUGUCCUCGACGGAAUCGCCUAUACUCCGCCCCUUCACCUACGCAGAUUCUUUUAACCACGUCGGGAGUGCGAGUCGUAGCAGCUCCAUGAGCGCGUCGGUGAAUUUCGGCCCCACGAGGCGGACAUCCAAAGGACCCUCUCAUCUUGCGACGGAUCCAAUCACUCCCGCUGGCGGCCUCUUUGGAUUUCCGUCUUCGGCGCAUUCUCGCAAAGCGUCCACGGGUCUCUGGUCCCCGGUGCGCGAUGAAUACGAAGACGACUAUUUUCCCGACUUUGACAACAAGCGGCGUCAGACGACUACUUUGCUGCACAACUCGGGUUUAGCACUACAGGAACAGCAACGGGAACAGGAGGUGGUGGCGGUGGUGGUGGACUUUGGUCAGCACCUCGGGCAGAGCCUCGGCGACGCUGGACUAUGA